AUGAUGGACACAAAAAAGAUGACAGCUGCCCCUCAGUGCAGCAUCAGCGAAAAGGGCAGUUCUGAUAAUAUGGGCACUGCUGACCCUUCAUCGAAUAUGGACCAAGAGCCUCAUAUUGGAACCGAGAAAGCAGAGCCUCAAGACCAGCCUGCGGGCGAGACUGCAACUGAAAAUGCUGAAUACAUCUCGGGGAUUAAAUUACUGCUCGUUGUGGGAGUUGUCUCUUUGUCGAUGUUUACGAUGCUUCUCGAUACUUCAAUCAUCGUUACUGCUGUUCCAAAGAUCACCAGCGAUUUCCAUUCCCUCGGCGAUGUAGGAUGGUACGGAAGUGCGUACCUAUUAACAAGUGCUUCCUUUCAGCCAUUGACUGGCAAGAUAUACCAGAAGCUUAACUCAAAAUUCACAUACAUGUCCUUCCUAGGCAUUUUCGAACUCGGGUCUUUACUUUGUGCUGCUGCGCAAUCUUCAUCAAUGUUCAUUGUUGGUCGGACAAUUGCUGGCAUCGGAGGCGCUGGGCUUGCGACGGGAGGGCUCACUAUUAUUUCGGCAUGCGUCCCUUUGGAGAAGCGAGCAACAUAUGUGGGUUUCAUGAUGUCCGUCGGUUUGCUUGGAACCGUUGUCGGCCCUGUCAUGGGAGGUAUCUUGACUCAGUAUACGACAUGGAGAUGGUGCUUUUACAUCAAUCUCCCAAUGGGUGCAGUCGUCGCGCUUUGCCUCUUGCUAAUCCGUAUCCCCGAUAUCCGUGAUGAUCCUUCCGCCAAGCCAAAACACACUUUCAAAUCUCUCUUUCAUGAUCUCGACCUGACAGGCUUUUCUAUAUUCGCGCCGACAGUAGUGAUGUUUCUUCUAGCACUGCAAUGGGGUGGCGUAUCCUACCCUUGGAAAAGCGCGACCGUGAUCGGACUGUUCUGCGGUUCGGCAGGGCUGCUGGUGGUAUUCUUGUUUUGGGAGAACAAGCAAGGCGACGAAGCGAUGAUACCGCUCGCAAUGAUCAGAAAACGGGUCGUCUGGAGCGCAUCGCUGUCUACUUUCUUCCUUUACGGAAGCUUGCUUGGCCAGGCUUACUACCUGGCUAUUUAUUUCCAGGCAGUGAGGGGUCUCUCGCCUAGCUUGAGUGGGGCGUAUGCACUUCCUGGUAUCCUGAGCCAAGUUGUCUUCGCAGGUGUCUCUGGCGUUGCCGUUUCCAAAGUAGGGUAUUAUUUACCUUUCACUAUUUUCGGCACCGCGAUGAACAGCGUCGGCACAGGUUUGAUGAGCACUUUCACCCCCCACAGUCUAACCUCGGCGUGGGUUGGCUACCAGAUAAUCAGUGGUGUCGGUCGUGGUUGUGCACUUCAAAUGCCUAUGAUAGCAGUCCAAAACACACUGGCGAAGAUCGAGCAUCCAGUCAGCAUGUCAAUCAUGAUGUUUGGACAGUCCAUCGGCGGAUCAAUCUCUCUCGCUAUUGCGCAAGCCGUGUUCAACAGUGGUCUGGAAGAUGCCCUCAAGGCCCAUGCUCCACAUGUCAGCUAUGGACAGGUCACUGUCGCGGGUGCGAGGGAUUUCAGACACAUCAUCCCGAGUACGUCAGUACCUGGUGUGAUUCUGUCCUAUAACGAGGCGGUCAACCACGUGUUCUACUUGAUCGCUAGUCUGGCUGUCGUUGGUGUUGUGUUCAGUUGUGGUCUGGGAUGGAAGAGCGUGAAGAAAGCAAAGGAAGAUACGGAUGUCGUAGUUGUAUGA